UUGCAGUUGUUCGCCCUGCUCGCUGCAAACGGCUGAGUCCGCCAUCACUGCGCUGAUAGACCUGAGACGGAGUCGGGGGAGCUUUCGGAGACCACAAUAGCAGCCCGGAUUGAGGGAGCUACUCGAACGACUCUCUUACCAGUGCACUGUCCUGUUGCGACACGAAACCUUUAAUGUAAAUUCAGGGACAGGAGACGAACUGAACAUGUCCAACCUGAGCAAAGGCGGCACCAAGAAGGACACCAAGAUGAGGAUACGAGCCUUUCCUAUGACGAUGGAUGAAAAAUAUGUUAACAACAUCUGGGAUCUUCUCAAGAAUGCCAUCCAAGAGAUCCAACGAAAGAACAACAGUGGCCUGAGCUUUGAGGAGCUCUACAGGAAUGCCUACACCAUGGUUCUGCACAAGCAUGGCGAGAAGCUGUAUACAGGGCUCAGAGAAGUAGUCACAGAGCACCUCAUCCACAAAGUACGAGAAGAUGUCCUCAAUUCAUUAAAUAAUAAUUUUUUGCAAACAUUGAAUCAAGCCUGGAAUGACCACCAGACAGCUAUGGUUAUGAUUAGAGACAUCUUGAUGUACAUGGACCGAGUCUAUGUGCAGCAGAACAAUGUGGAGAACGUUUACAAUUUAGGCCUCAUCAUCUUCCGGGAUCAGGUGGUACGCUAUGGUUGCAUCCGUGACCAUUUGCGCCAGACUCUACUGGACAUGAUAGCACGUGAGAGGAAGGGCGAGGUGGUUGACAGAGGGGCAAUUCGUAAUGCUUGUCAGAUGUUAAUGAUUUUGGGCCUUGAAGGGAGGGCAGUUUACGAAGAGGACUUUGAAGCUCCAUUUUUAGAAAUGUCUGCUGAAUUUUUCCAGAUGGAAAGUCAGAAGUUUUUGGCUGAAAACAGCGCCAGUGUGUACAUUAAGAAAGUGGAGGCUAGAAUUAUAGAAGAAAUAGAACGAGUGAUGCACUGUCUGGACAAGUCGACAGAGGAGCCCAUCGUCAAAGUAGUGGAAAGGGAACUUAUCUCCAAACAUAUGAAGACCAUUGUGGAAAUGGAGAAUUCGGGCCUUGUACAUAUGCUGAAAAAUGGCAAGACGGAAGAUCUGGCCUGUAUGUACAAGCUGUUCAGCAGAGUGCCAAACGGCCUGAAAACCAUGUGUGAAUGCAUGAGCUCCUACUUGCGGGAGCAGGGCAAGGCCCUGGUGUCUGAGGAAGGUGAAGGGAAGAACCCUGUGGACUACAUUCAGGGUCUUCUGGAUUUGAAGGGUCGCUUUGAUAGGUUCCUCCAGGAGUCUUUCAACAAUGACAGGCUUUUUAAGCAGACUAUUGCUGGGGACUUUGAGUACUUUCUCAAUCUCAAUUCCCGCUCACCGGAAUAUCUCUCUCUGUUUAUUGAUGACAAGCUGAAAAAAGGAGUGAAAGGACUGACAGAACAAGAGGUGGAAUCCAUCCUGGACAAGGCCAUGGUUCUGUUCAGAUUCAUGCAAGAAAAGGAUGUCUUUGAGAGGUACUACAAGCAACACCUGGCAAGGAGGUUGCUCACUAACAAGAGUGUCUCUGAUGACUCUGAGAAGAACAUGAUCUCAAAAUUGAAGACAGAGUGUGGCUGUCAGUUCACAUCUAAAUUGGAAGGCAUGUUCCGAGACAUGAGCAUCUCAAACACAACCAUGGAUGAAUUCCGACAACACUUGCAGUCAACAGGGGUGUCCUUAGGUGGCGUUGAUCUAACAGUAAGAGUACUCACAACAGGGUACUGGCCCACUCAAUCUGCUACACCCAAAUGCAACAUCCCUCCAUCACCUCGACAUGCUUUUGAAGUUUUCAGAAGAUUUUACCUGGCCAAGCACAGUGGCAGGCAGCUCACACUUCAGCACCACAUGGGUUCAGCAGAUUUAAAUGCAACAUUCUAUGGGCCUAUCAAAAAGGAGGAUGGCUCAGAAGUGGGUGUGGGAGGUGCCCAAGUAACUGGUUCUAACACCAGAAAGCACAUACUGCAGGUCUCCACCUUCCAGAUGACAAUACUCAUGCUCUUCAACAACAGAGAAAAGUUCACAUUUGAGGAGAUCCAGCAGGAAACGGAUAUCCCAGAGCGGGAGCUGGUACGGGCCCUUCAGUCACUGGCUUGCGGGAAGCCCACUCAACGUGUUCUCACCAAGGAGCCUAAGUCUAAAGAGAUUGAGAAUGGCCAUGUGUUCACUGUCAACGACCAGUUCACCUCUAAAUUGCACAGAGUGAAGAUUCAAACAGUUGCUGCCAAACAAGGGGAGUCUGACCCUGAAAGGAAGGAGACAAGGCAGAAGGUAGAUGAUGAUCGGAAGCAUGAGAUUGAGGCCGCCAUAGUUCGCAUUAUGAAGUCCAGGAAGAAGAUGCAGCACAACGUACUAGUAGCAGAGGUAACCCAGCAGCUGCGAGCCCGUUUCCUCCCCAGCCCUGUGGUCAUUAAGAAGCGCAUCGAAGGACUUAUUGAGAGAGAGUACUUGGCACGGACGCCUGAGGACCGGAAGGUGUACACUUAUGUAGCAUAAAGGCGAGCACUCAGCAAAACACGAGAGAGACGAGAGUGUUUGUUUGGACUAUGGCAUCCGCACAAACCGGGUAGUUGCUUAUGACAACACAUAAUGUGGAAAUUAACUGUCAUCCAUUAAAAGUAAGUGCAAAAUAACAAAAAAAAUCAGCAAGCUGAGUGACUUUAAAUCAGACCUCCCUUUGUCAGAAUUUCAGAAUGGAAGAACUUUACACAUUGCAGCAUUUUAUCUGGGUAGGGUUUGUCCUCAAAUUCUUGGGACAAUGUGACUGGACCACAGUUUUGUUAAUACACCUAUAAGAAGAAAACAGUGAAAUAAAACAAUCUGCAAACUUGGAUUAAACCAUUCUUAAUUUCUCCCCUAUUCUUUUAACGUUGAUGUAAAUGUGUUUCGUUAGUGUUUUGUGACACCUUCCUGGUUGUACUGGUAAUCUGACGAAAUUGGUCAUUAAACUAAGUGAAAUCUGUUUUCAUUAGUUGGUUUGCAGGGAAGAAGGCAUUGGCUUAGUAGCAUGCUAUGUCUUACAGACUGGAUUAAAUCACAAGCUCUUUUUUUUUUUUUUUUUUUUUUUCUUUUUUGUGGGGCGUUUUGUAAAAUUUAUUGGCAGCCAUAUAAAUAUAUUGUUCUUUUUUGAUAAUAGGUUUUUUCCAAAUGCAGUUUCCAACUGGUUUGGUUUGCGCUCAUUUUCAGAUGAACCAAAUUGAAAGGAACAGUGUUUUAAUGUGUACAAAUUGUAAAAUAGUUAUUGUACUCACUGAAGUGGACUGUACAGGGCCUUGUUUUCAUCAUAUUAAAUGUAGAAGGCGAAAAUAAAAUGGAUGAACUGC